GGACCCGCCUUCCCGUAAAGGAAAGCGCUAGUUAAAAUGAGUUACCACUACGGAAAGGGCUAUCCAGGACAGCCGGCUGCACCUAAUGCUCCAUACAGUGGAGGCAGUGGUCCGUACGGUCCGGCACCCUCUGCUCCAUAUGGAGGUACAGCAGGUCCACCAGGAGGCCAAUAUGGACCAGGACAAGGUGGCCACUAUGGACCUGGACCAGGGGGUGCUUAUGGCGGUUACGGUGGACAACCUCACGGUGCACCUUAUAGGCACCCUGCUCCUUCAGGGAACAUCCUUCCCGGUGUUAACCCAGAGGCCCAGCAGUGGUUCCAGAGUGUCGACACGGACCACAGCGGCUUCAUCAAUUUGAAGGAGCUCAAACAGGCGCUGGUCAACUCCAACUGGUCCACUUUUAACGAUGAGACGUGCCUCAUGAUGAUCAACAUGUUUGACAAGACAAGGUCAGGUCGCAUGGACCUUUUUGGCUUCUCAGCCUUAUGGGGCUUCAUGCAAAAGUGGAGAGCUCUCUUUCAGCAAUAUGACAGGGACCGCUCAGGUUCUAUUAGCGGGACCGAGCUUCAUCAAGCUCUCGCGCAGAUGGGCUACAACAUGAGCCCCCAGUUUUCCGAGGCCUUGGUGCGGCGCUUCAGUGUCCAUGCUGCACGCCCUGGCAUCCAGUUGGACCGCUUCAUCCAGGUGUGCACGCAAAUGGAGAGCAUGACACAUGUCUUCAGGGAGAAAGACACUAGCAGGACCGGAAACAUCCGUCUCAACUAUGAGGAUUUCUUAUCAGGGGCCAUCACCAGGCUGAUGUGAGCAUCAUGCCGCUGAUGCUUCAGGCUAUGCCUCCCUGCAUUCGGUACACCAGCCUGUACGUCCUGUGGCUUGAUGCUAUACAUACUUGACACCAAAACAAAUCAGAAGUGGGUGAGGUGAAGUAGUGAUUUAAUCAGCAGAUAGCGCCACAGAUGCCUUUGUGUUUAUCUGGACAGUUACUCUUUUGGUUUGACUCAAAGAUGGGUCACAUGUUUAAAACUCAUAUAGUGUCAGAUACUAAAUACUCCCUUUUACAUGUCUGCUAAACUGCAGUAUUUUAAAGUGGUUAUUAACUGAUCAUUACAUUUAUAUAUGACAAGAGCUGUUUAUAUGAGCUAGGCAGAAGUUAUAUGAUGAUUAUAUAAUAUCCCAAGCACUAAAUUGAAAGUAUUCUAACGUUUGCAACUAGCACCUCAGAGUGUUUAAUGAUUGUAGAAUCCACACAAAGUAUUUUUGGACCUCCAUCCCACAAAUUAGCUGCAAAUAUAUCCCCUGUGUCAAUAUUUAAUGAAGGGAUUGUAUUUUACAUUCCACUGAGACAUGCCAAAUGAUUUUUUUUAUGUCAAAACAAAUAAAUAGCUAUUUCAU